AUGGUUAAGGCAGACGUGCGGAGAGACUACUACGCGGACUUGGGUCUCACUCCCAGUGCAGAGACGGAGGAUAUCAAGAGGCAAUUUCGAAAAUUAGCUUUGAAGUACCAUCCCGAUAGGAAUCCUGGCCGCGAGGUGGAUUUUAUCGCCAAGUUCCAGGCCAUCCAAGCGGCUCAUGAGAUCCUCAUCGACCCCCAACAACGAUUGCGGUAUGACACGGACCGACUGCGCGCUGGGUACGGCAAAUUUUAUGGCCCCGCUAAGAGCACUACGCCUCGAAAGACGACUUCCACUCCUCAAGCCUCCACAUAUUCUUCAAAACCUGCACCUACGAAGCCACAUUCUACGACACGUCCACAGUCCUUCCAUGCGGCGCCCUCGAGCGGCGCCCAGCGUUAUGCCAGCUAUGCACGCGCGGCGCCGAAACAGCCAUGGGAGAAGGCGCAUGAUGAGGGACAGACAAGGGCGGACGCAUAUCGAGGCUUUCAGGAUAUGAAGGGAAACGGCAUGCCGGGCGGAUGGUCAUCAUUUGACCCCCGUACCGGACGCGCGGGAUACAACGGAGCCACGCCUAGACCCACCAAGGCAAAUGCGCAGUCGGCAAGGCCCAAGUCCGCUUUCGAGUACUUCAGGACAUCCAAUAAGUCGGAGAGCCCAGAGGCUUCACGGGCCCAGACCAAAAAGAAGAAGCAGGGGUUCGCUCCGCACGCCGCGGGCGGCGAUGAGCCUAUGGCCACACACACUUCCUCAUACACAAGUCGAAACGAGCGCCCACAGACCUCGAACACGUACUUCGGAGCUGCGCCGUCACCGACGGCGAAGAAGACCGCCACUAACCGGACAGAUACGCCUGAAUUCGAACGAAUGAGAAGUAGGUAUGCUAGCACUGGAGGAGAGAGAACAUUCUUCGACAGCGCCAACCUUGGGCGCUCUGCGAGCACGCGGGAUUCUACUGAAAGUCCCAAACCUCGCUCCCGGACCAACCCACCCAGCCCGUCUCCUCCCGAAGGUGGACGUUAUCGUAGCGCUAGCCCGAAAUUCAAGGCAGAUAAGAACACAAACUAUUCGUUCACGAGUAGUUCUAGUGAUCUUGACGAGGACGACGAUGAAGAGUUUCUGGCACGGAAGCCUAAGGCGGUCCCCAAAAGCCGGCUCCACCCUCACAAGAAGUUCACUGCUUUUCAUACAGAGCAGACCCCGGAGACCAGGUCCGGGUCGACUGCGAACGAUACCACAUCAGCAAACAACCCCUUCGAUACGCCUAAUAUCUUUGGCUUUCACAGCCCACUGAACUCACAACAAGAAUCCGAGCAGAAUGGCGUCCCGCCAAACAGAAGCUUCAAGAGUAGUAGUCAUGAGCAGCUGCGAAACACAUUCUUUGCCGAGAAUUGGAAUGGAGCUGCUUUCUUCGAUGGUGCUGCUCAAAAUCUGGAUGGACGAGGACGAUCAGCGACUCGAGAUGACACCGAAAGGAAGGGACACUCUGCCGAUGCGCCCGAUCAUGAGGGACCUAUCCCCGAACCAGAGCAGCCGACUUCCUUCGCUCAGUUUGGGUUCCCUGCUGAUCAAUGGACGGAGAUGUUCAAGAACAUGUCAUUCGAGCCGAAGAAUGGAGGGGCUCAGCAGACACAGACGGCCUCUGCCCAGCGACAGAGAAGUCCCCGCAAGCAAAGGACGGCGACCAAGACGCGGCCUACUCCCAAGCCAGCUACUGUUACGGCAGAAGUUGACGAGAUAGCAACAACUCUGAACGGGGAUACCACCCCGGAAACAGCCAAAGCGGGGGACGCGGGCGUAGAAGCAAUGGAUCUUGAUGACACGCCACCUCCCACGACCACGGAAAGAUCGGAUGAGACGAAGAAAACCAACAAAACAAUACCAAUGGCCAAGCCAGUUUCAAAUGAAGAGCAGAAGGACGAGAACGCCAAGAACUUUAACCUAGAGGACUUGAGCAAGACGGUUCCUCUCACACAAACCACAAACGGUGGCAUCGAAGACCUUCAGGACAUCCAUGUUACUUUGCCGUUCGAAUCCCGUGCCAAUUUCCCCAAGACGACGGUGCGCAACGCCCGUCCUCGCGACUUGGACCUGCCUCGACCGCCAAAACGGCCGACUAUGCCUGAACUGAUCCCUCUCAGUGCGGGCUCCGCACAGAUGGGCUUAUCUCGCGCAGCGUGGGAGCGUUACACCGCAGAGAUGGCGGUAUACACGUCUGAAUGGAACGCCUUUAAUCGUCGCAUGUUACAGCAUUUUAAUGCACGCCAGGAGGCCACCGAGACGGGGAUGGCUCCAAAUUGGAUCGGUGCUAUUGGGGAUGCGGCCAAGGUCAAGCUAGACCCAGAGGACGGACUAGACGGAGUAAACAGUGACACCAUGGUGGCAGGCAGCGCAAAGGGAGGAUACAAUGCGUACAAGCUCGCAUUGGAUCAGGAUCUUAGGGUCUGGAAACACUGGGAGGUAGCGCGGGAAUUGCACUACGACUGCAUCUCCAAGCUCGGAGACUUGCGCGAUUGGGUCAUUUCGGGGGGCAAGAUGCUAUAG